AUGAGCAAAGCGUUGAGUCUGAGAUAUCAGGGUCUGUCCACAUACGAAAAAGAAUAUCUGGCAAUCAUCGUGGCCGUAGAUCAAUGGCGCCCUUAUUUGCAAAACGCAGAAUUUGUCAUAUAUACAGAUCAGAAGAGCCUCACUCACCUGGAGGAACAGCGGCUGAACACACCAUGGCAACAGAAAGCUUUUACCAAGCUGUUGGGACUCCAGUAUCGCAUCAAGUACAAGAAGGGAUCUGAAAACAACGGCGCAUAA